UAUCCUCUUGGCCACUGAUACGUCCACUGUUAUCCUCUUGGCCACUAAUGUGUGACGUUAUCCUCUUGGCCACUGAUACGUCACGUUAUCCUCUUGGCCACUAAUGUGUGACGUUAUCCUCUUGGCCACUGAUACGUCACGUUAUCCUCUUGGCCACUGAUACGUCACGUUAUCCUCUUGGCCACUAAUGUGUGACGUUAUCCUCUUGGCCACUGAUACAUCACGUUAUCCUCUUGGCCACUGAUACAUCACGUUAUCUCUUGGCCGUCACGUUAUCCUCUUGGCCACUGAAGACAAAACCAAGAUGGAUAUCAAGGAAAAGUUGAAAUCAUUCAUUGAUAAGCAAAAGAUAUCCCUGAAGGCACCAGUUCAGGCGGCCGAGUUUGUCACUUCAGAUGAGUUUGAGGGAAGGACAGCCGUUACCGCCCAGUUCCUGAGGUCGGCCUCGGGGCUCAAGGACCACCUCCUCACUCCUCAAGCUGAACAAGCCGUCAUAGAUAGUAUAGAAUCUCUCUAUUUUGAAAGUGGUAAUGUAGACGUGGGGGAACACGAGCUACAGAAGUUCCCUGAUGUUGCCGAUGUCCAUAUUAUUAACGGCAUGAGGUCCAGGCUGAGAAAACAACAGACUAUUGUGUCGAGGAGAGUGUCUGACCUGAUCAUGCAGAAACAAGGUCUGUGUAGUAAAGAGAUGGAGCGAGUGACAGAGUUACAGAAGGAAGUGAUAAAAGGCGUCAGUCUGUGUGUCGAGGGCCGUAACAAGUUGGCCCAGGGUAGGAGUCAGUUCACUUCCGCCAGUCUGGGUAUUCUGGCAAAUUACAGCAAAAGGCAGAAGAUUGCCAGUGUCAUCAGGUCUCUGAGGAUGAUAAGAACUCUGCAGAUGACGGACGUGCAGCUGCAGAGUUUACUGAAAGCUGAGGAUUACCCCGGAGCGAUACAGCUGCUGCUAGAGUGUCAGAAAGCUGCGGCCACCUUCAAACACUUUACUUGUAUAUCGGAGUUAAGCACAAAACUUCAAGACACUUUAGAAGGAGCGGAAGAACAACUGGAUGUGGCUCUGGCCAGGGUCGCCGCUAACUUUAACUCGGCAAAUUACGAAAAACUUCAAAUUGCUUACGGCCUCCUGGGCAAGACGCAGACCCUGAUGGACCAGUUACACAUGCACCUCACGUCUCACAUCCACAACUCGGCGUUCACCAUCGUCCUGGGGUACGUGGAGCUGUACAACAACACCUCUGGCUCGGGAUCGUCCUUCUCCAAGUUACAAUAUUCAGAACUCUGUAAAUAUGUAAAUGAGGAAAGCUUCCUGCCCUGUCUCUUAGAUCUAAGUAAGUGUAUGUGGAACGUCUUAAAGAGUUACAGAAACAUUAUAAAAUGGCACGAAAAUGAAGAGAAAGUGGCCGAGGAAGACGACUCGAGCGACGGAGAGGGAAACACCGAGGCGGCCACCUCCAGGAAGUACGCCAAGCAGAAGUUAGAGCACGGACUGUACAGGUUAUGGCAGGACGUGCAGGCCAAGGUGCGCACGUUUAUACUGGCGUCGGAUCUCUCGCACUUCAAAUUUGACGAUUUCUUGAGAAUAUUAGACGUCAUCAACAAACUAAUCGACGUCGGAGAAUCUUUCUGCGGCAGUAAGUCAGAGACGCUGCGAGAGUCCAUCAAGAAACAGUCAAUAAAUUAUUUCCGUAAUCACCACCGAGCGAGGAUGGAGGAACUGCACAUGUUUCUGGAGAACGAGGGGUGGGAGGCGUGUCCGGUCAAGUCCACCUUCUCCAUACACCAGUUGAUGGAGUACAGGUUCCUCAAGGGCAAAGACGUAAACUUUACCAGAAUUACUUCACCGAGUUCUUCCCCGAGCAAGAAGUCAGCUGGACAGUUGUCAGGAAACAAAGAUGUGUUUGACCUGUUCAGUAGAGAGAGUUCACCCUUUGAUAUAACUGCUGAAGAAACUAUUGAAGAAGACAUUAUGGCCAACGGGGAACCGUUGACCCUCAGCGAUGACGACAGCGAUGACGACGUGCCCGACGAGCUCAAGAGAGACUUUGUAGACGAACAGACGGGAGAACUGCCUCAGCCUCACCCGCGACGGAAGCUGGAUCACGGGAAGACGUCAAUAGUGACCAACACUACACUCACCAUCUUGAGACUCAUCGGCAAGUACAUCCAGAUGAUGAAAUUACUACAACCUAUAGCCUUUGAUGUGAUGAUCUGCCUUAGUCACCUCUUCGACUACUACCUGUACAGUGUCUUCAUGUUCUUUGGUGUCAGGGGAGACCUGGAGCAGAACCCAAGCCGGCGUCUACGAGGGUCACUCAAAAGAAUACAAGAUACGUUAAUUCUCAACCCUGAGGCGUGUCAGGAGGAACCUUCAGAUCAGGACAAGGUGGAGAGUCCUUCCUUAUCCCCGGUGGUGGACAUAACAUCCUCCGAGAGCAUAUACGGUCUGCCGGUGAGGGUGGUGGCAGUAGAGAGUCUGGCCUUCCUGGCGGCCCAGCUGGAGGCUCUACACUGUCACAUUGAACCUCUCAUUCCUCAACAGCGUAGAACCUUCCUUCAACAGUUCUACACCGGCACUGUUAAGAUCACUCCCGAGAUUCGCCAGCACGUUUACACAGCAGUGGCGGCUCAGGUCAUAGAUUAUGAUGGGAUCUUGAACUGUAUGGGGAGUGUCAAGUGGGACAUUAAUGAUCUUAUGAGCCAACACAGUCAGUACGUUGAUGUGUUGCUCAGACAACUUCAGGUGUUAAGCAUGCGUCUGGAGGAGAUGAGUCGUGUGAGCCCCAUACCCAGUGAAGCUUGUACAGCACUGUGGGAGUGUAUCGUGCGCAUCACCAACCGCACACUCCUAGAGGGCUUUGCCGGGGCUCGCAGAUGUACCAACGAAGGUCGAUCGCUCAUGCAGCUCGACUAUCAGCAAUUUCUGAUGAAGCUCGAGUGUUUAACCUCCGUCCGGCCGCUGCCAGAUCGUCACCUGGUUGAGACAUACAUCAAAGCAUAUUAUUUACCAGAAGGAGCCUUAGAAGAGUGGCUGCAACAGAACCGUGGCAACUACUCAUCUCGACAGCUGACUGCGCUGGUUGCCACCAUGACCCAUAUCAGCAAACGCACCAGGCAGAAGAUUGCCGCCAUAGUUGAGGAAUCUGGCAAGAAAACUUAAUAUAUUUUCUUGCACUUUAAUGCUCAGCUCUAUUUAUAGUGAAGCUUUAAAUAUUUUGAUACGUUUGCAUAUCAUUAUUGAGAACUAAAGCAAUACCAAAUGUGCGAAUUGAACCGAGGUGUAAUGGGGACAGUUGUACCAUGACAAAGGGAAGAAUUAACUGGUAAUGGAGGUGUAAUGGGUAUUGCCUUGCAUUUAGUAGUAGAAUAAUCCUCUUGUGAGACAAAUGCAGAAUUAUUUAUUAGUACCCUGUACAGUAGUUUGGUUUUUAAGCGUCUCAUAGACAGUUCUACUAACAGUGUUUAUAAACUUGUAUAAUAAUGUGAAGAACAAUUAACUCUGAAUCAUUUGGUCUUUAUUUCAGAGUGAUUUUUGCUGCAGUUCCUGAAAAUUAGUUUGAGGUUUUGUUUUUAUGUAUCAGUGCUGGUCUGUUGCUCUAUUUCUAUGUGAUUAUUAUUACUGCCCCCCCGCCCACCCAAUCAGACUGAUGAUUCUAUGUUUGUUUACUGUAAGGUUCACCAGUCACAUCAUCAGUUAUUUCCUGUCUUGUUACAGAAGCAAGUUUCUGUGAGGGCAAAUAAUUCAAACUUGUUUUGUAGGCUGGACUCUUGAGAAAUAUUGUUCAAUGCCUCUUUAUGUAAUGUUCAGGACUUUAUGAUAACAGAUAAAUAGCACAAAUUACUCAUGUAAAUUAUGCCAUGUUGUACAGCUUUGAUAACUGUAUGAGCUUGAUGACCAGACAUAAAGUAUUUAUUAAGAUUACACUGUACAGGGUAAAGUACAGUACUAUAUUCUCAUGAUCCACAUUGUCAGUACUGUAGCCUCUGACAAAAUAUUCCUUAUUCAGGUACAGCCACAAAAGUUUUGCAUACUGUAUAGUAUAGUAAUAACAAGUGUGUGCACCACUGUACAUGUGCAGUAAGCAAAGCAACACUGUGUUUAGUCAGUGUUUGUUGUCCUCGUCAGUGAGUGUUUGUAUGGUUCACACCUCCUGGUUGUUACACGAUAUUUAGUCUCGGCUUCAUAUCACAUAUUUGAGUCAUCAACAUGUGUGGAACCUCUGCUCAUUAGGUCAAACUGCUUUGUUUUUAUCCUUUAAUCUCUUUUUAAGUUUGUUGGUUUUAUCAUGACUAUUGCUUUAAGGAAAUCAGGUCUCUUGCCGAGACUUAUACUGCCCUAUAUAGUGCUGUACAGUAUUUGGUAUAUUUACAAUGCAUGUAAUCUCAGUGCAGUACAUAGUCAGAUACA